GUCCAUCGCAUUGUCCUUGCGCAGCUUAAUCAGACAUGGUACGUUGACGGUGCUCCUGGCACCACACUGUACGCCACCCGUACAGGUACUUGCGCCAGGCUCUUCAGUCGCCGAUGUCCUUUUCGCUGUUCUCUUUAGCCGUUUCCUCCACGGCAUGGAAGCCUUCCUCCGCUCCGCUUGUGCCUCACCUCAUAUUGAGGUUCUCCAGCAAGGUGGCGAAGGCGCUGAAACUCCCACCUGGGCUGAUGACGUGGUGGUCCUCUUCCAGGCUGACCGCGCCGAGCAGGUUGCCAACCUCCGGCACAGGGGUGCCCUCAUGCGCA